AUGUCGAGAUACAGACACACUGAGGCUGCUCACCAGCAAGAGCACCUGAUCUUUGGUCCUGUGCAUCCCAACGGCGAACGGUACAUCCGCAUAUUGGAGAUUUCUCUUCAUUAUGGAGGCCUGAUCAUUCCGGAGUCCUGCUUCCGAAAGGUAGCAGGCGUCCCGGAGGAAAUCUGCCGCUUUACCAACGUUACGCCCGCGCAAAUAAGGGCGGCAAUUCAGAGCGGUCUGGACGAAGUAGAGGAGCUGCGCGCGAAGCAAACUGGGCAGGCGCCUUCAGAAACGGCGGCCAAUAUGUCGGAAACUUCCACCACCCAGCCGACGACGCCCGACUUCUUCUCCAGCUACGAUGCCACCGACUGCUUACCAGAGGCCAGUGGCGAAUCCGCUAGGUUGCGUCCAAUAGACAAAAUGUCUGGCGCAUGGGCUGCAUACGGCGAGGCGAUGAUCAUGCACCACAGGGAAGGCCUCGAAAGGCGGAACGUGUUGGAGGCAGCCUACUCGAGGGUCGAGUUCGCUCCUCCAGAGAUACAUUCGAUAACCGACGUUAUGAGCAGCGUCGCGAUUCCGGACCGCGAAUCGAGAAUAUCCCUCAUGCAAUAUCUGCCGUUAAACCUGAACAUGGUUCCUCUCAUGUGCAAGGUCUUGCGGACCUCAUUCGCGACACUGCUCUUCGAGCGUGUUCACGCGCUCGUUUGUUUGCUGUAG